AUGUUGUGGGAUGUCGUUCACAGCCACCCGAAAGUUAUUGAUAGGUUGUUUUGCCCGUUUUGUUUGACCAACGGAAUGACAAACAGUCUUCGAAGAUCAGGAAACUGGGCAGAUACAACAUGGACGUCUUCCAUGUAUGAACCGUGUGUUGUUUACGAUACGUCGUACAUGAUUCUUCUUGUCUCUCAUAUUUAUAUGUGCCCUUUAAAUCACCAAAUUCCUUCACACCAUCCGUCAAUCCCUUCUGCAUUGCCACCUUCCGUUUAUGUUCCAUUUUAUCUAACAAACCGACCAGGGUUUACUGUUGACAUGUUAACACAAGUUUCAUCUAUGGUAGAUAGCGGAUUAAGUUUCCAUUCCAUUGAAAAUAUUGUAAUGGAGCAGUACGAACAAUCAUACUGGCGAAUUAGAAAUCUUUAUGAAGAAAAUUGUGUUGGCUGUAGGUGGAACGCUCAUAAUCACGGAGCAUUUCCUAAAUUUCAGCAAAGUUUUUUCCUGUUCCCCCACGAGCAAUUGAUCCGUUCAGUUUUUAUCGCUUAUUCGUUAUUAUUCGAGCAGACUUUUUUCAAUGAUAUGACCAAGCGUACCUCCAAGUGGUUAGCAUGCGACCACACUUUUAAAAGUGCCGCCAACAUUGGUAUUACGCGAAAAAGUGAUGGAGGUUGGUUGAAAAUGAUGAAAUAUUUAUUCUGCGUUUUGGGAGAAUGUGGAGAUGUUUUACAUUGGAGAUUUACAAGAGGAGAAUCAUUGAAUGAAGUUAAAAGCAUUUUCGAAGACCUGAAAACAAGACAUGAAAAUGCUAAAAUACCUGUGGAAGGAAUAACGAUUGAUAAUUGUUGUAAGUGGAAAGGUUUAUUAUUUCAAAAUUUUCCAGGUAUCGUCGUGAAAUUAGAUUUUUUGCAUGCAGUACAACGUUUUGUUAGUACUUUGCCAAUGGUUGUAAGGAAAUGUAGUAAUAUCUGCAAGGAAUAUGGACUUGUUUUUCGAAGCCCUAACGAUAUUGGUAUUCAGCGACUGCAAAAAACACCAAAUAAAGAAAUAUUACGUGUUAAUUUAGAGAGCUUUGAGCAGAAUUGGAAAUCAAAAGUAGUUAAAGGGCACAAAGUUAUGAGUCCAGCAGCGAUGAAAGCCAUUGCAAAUACCAAGCUUCAUAUUGCCAAAGAUUUCCUCAGCAAUAUACCAGCCCACAUAUCCACAAGUGGAAAUGAACGACUCCAUCGAAAUUUAAAUAACAUAAUGAAAACUAAUAAGAUUGGUAUAGAUACUGCUUUUGUUAGAUGUAGUAGACUAUUCUUCAAAAUUAACAGCAAAAUGGGCAACGACCGUUCGUUGGCUUCUCUAUUAUCUUCCCCAAGACAGUUAUUGUUCAAUGAAGAUGAUUCGUUUAAUAAUAGAGCCGAGCAUUUUGGUUUUGCGUCUUUUGAACGAAAUGAAAAUGGUUUGAUUUUUCCAUCGCCAGAUUAUUUAAAUAUGGAUCAUUGA